AGUCGGUCAAAGUUGCCGUCGGUUUUAUGGGUCGGUCAUAAAGCAGCGUAUAAAAAGCCGCAGGUGAAGGGGGGAGGCAGAGUCAGAGGGGAAGCGACUGUUCCAGGGAUGAAGCUGUUUCUGCUGCUGCUGCUGCCGGCCGUGCUGGCUCUGUCCUCGGCCAGUCUUCAGGACAUCGUGAAGAAGAGUUCACAGCGCAGGAAAGUUUCUCUCCUGAACCCCGCCCUGGAGGACCUGGAGCCUCAGCCCAAUGUUGACAACGUGGUGUCCCCCCUGGCCCCCGCUGACCUGGAGCAGCAACAGGAAGUGCCCUCCUCCAUGUUCGGCGAUAACGUGAACCUGGAGUGGCUGACGUGGGAAGGCGCCUUGCCAAACGGCGCCGUCUCCAUCUACAACGGCUACACCGAGCGCACCGACUACGUCUGCAAGUACAAGUGCGAGACCGGCUUCUACAACCCCAGCUUGGGACCCUACUGCCGCUACCCCUAUGGAGACCGGGAGUACUACGCCCCUGAGUUUGAGAUACUGGCCAACAAGGACAACUUCGAGUUCCUGGAGUGGAAGGAAGGUUCCUAUGGAUCGGUGCCGAAACAUUCCGUCCGCAUCUACGUGGGCAAGAACAAGUACGGUCUGGGCAAAGUGGUCCCGCAGUUCGAGGCCUUCUUCCUGCCGUGGGAGGGCGACGAGUACUGGUACAAGAAAUACCAGGUGCUGACCAUCAACAGAGACGCCUACACGCAGCACAUCAGCGACGUCAAGUACAACAUCGACGAGGUCGCCAUCUUCCAGUUCCCCCCCGAGACCAUGCAGAUCUCCGGGGUCACCAACAACGAGUGCCAGACCGUGUCGAAGACCGUCACCAUCUCGAAGGUCACUGAGGUGGAGACCACGUGGAACAUCGGCCGCGGAACCAUGCUGGGCAUCACGGGCAGCAUCACGGCUAAAAUCCCCCUCCUCGGCUCCGGGGGUAUCGAGCUGAGCGGCGAAAAGACCCUGCAGUUCACCAGAGGAACGACCAGGGUGGAGUCCCUCAGCCAUUCCGUGUCCGUGGAGCUCACCGUGCCCCCCAACCACAGCUGCAAAGUCCGCAUGGAGGGGCGCAAGAUGAAGGCCGACAUCCCCUACACCGCCCGCCUGAGCCGCACCUACCGCAACGGAGACACCCAGUGGACGUCCAUCUCCGGGACGUACGACGGAGUCCAGAUUAACGAGGUGCGGGCGGUGGUGGACCGCUGCGAGCCUGUGGCCGACGCCAAGCCGUGUCCGUGAGAGACCAUCGGACGAAACGACAACUGGUGUUUGUGAAAGAAAUCUCGUAAAAUGUUCUCGCAAUAAAACUGAGACGUGAAUAAAA